UAAUCUCUGUUUUGAAAGCUUGCUGCUUUUCUGUCACAAUAUUAACCUCCCUCAAGGGAUCCAGUUGAUUGAAGCUCUCCCAGGGUUGGCUUCUGGAGCCACACUUUCUUGGUCAUGGCUACUUCUGAUAUCCAAGUGAAGGAGCUGGAGAAACGUGCCUCUGGGCAGGCCUUUGAGCUGAUACUCAGUCCCCGCUCAAAAGAAGCAGUCCCAGAAUUCCCUCUUUCUCCCCCAAAGAAGAAGGAUGUGUCAUUGGAAGAGAUUCAGAAGAAGUUGGAAGCAGCAGAAGAGAGACGUAAGUCUCAUGAAGCAGAGGUCCUGAAGCAGCUGGCUGAGAAGAGGGAGCAUGAAAAAGAGGUGCUGCAAAAAGCCAUUGAGGAGAACAACAACUUCAGCAAAAUGGCAGAGGAGAAGCUGACCCACAAAAUGGAAGCUAACAAGGAAAACCGUGAGGCACAAAUGGCUGCCAAACUGGAACGUUUGAGGGAGAAGGACAAGCAUAUUGAAGAGGUUCGAAAGAACAAAGAAGGCAAAGACCCCGGUGAGGCUGAAACCGACUGACUUCAUUCUGGAAACUGAUGCUCUCCCCCUCCUCUAAAUAUCCAAAGACUGUACUGGCCACUUGUUUUAUCUUUGGGUUUUGUUUUGUUUUGGGUUUUUUUUGUUUGUUUGAGUUUUUUUUAAGUUUCUAGAAACUGAUGUAGAACUGUAAAAUUAGAUCCAAACUGUACACUUUUCUUUGGGGGCUAGAGGGGAGAACCUUACGUGUUUCACUUUUCUAAAGUGUUGUCUUUCCAGUGUAGCUAUCUUCUUGUUGCAUCCUUUUCUACUCCAGUGCUCUUGCUGCUGGGUUGGUAUCAGCUCUGUAAGACGUUUGUGAAAAGGAAUCUGUAGUUACAUCCUGUUCCAUGCUGAAUAUGUUACACUUAAAAAAUAAUCUGACUCUUGUCCCGAUCUGCUAAAAUACUGCUGUAACUGAGUGACUAAAUAAAGCUGCACAGUGCUGUUA